UCAGCCCUGGCUCUCUUGCUGGGUACCGCUGGGCUACAACAGGGUUUGUCCUGAGCUCAGUUUGAGUCCUGAACUUCUAGAGGAAAGGGUCACUUCCAAUGAUGUCCUCACUUCCAGGCAUCCAUGCCCAUCGGACUCCCCCCCUGAAGCCCUUUGGUAGCCAGGCCCUGGCUUUGGGCCAAAAGAGGCUUGCUGUUGACGGUUGAGAUCCGGAGCUCAAAAAAGAAAGUUGGAAAAUAGCUGGAUGCCUUUGAUCGUGCCAAUGAGGACCUAAGGCACCUGCCUGCUGACCACCCCAGCCUGCAGUGACCAUGGCCCUCCGCAAGAGGAGUCACCAUGGCCUGGGCUUCCUUUGCUGCUUUGGAGGCAGUGACCUCCCCGAGAUCAACCUCCAGGACAGCCACCCAUUGCAGUAUCUGGAGUUCUCCGGUCCCAUCCCGAACCCAGAGGAGCUCAACGUCCGCUUUGCAGAGCUGGUGGAUGAAUUGGACCUCACGGACAAAAACCGGGAGGCUGUGUUUGCACUGCCACCAGAGAAGAAAUGGCAGAUCUACUGCAGCAAGAAGAAGGAGCAGGAGGAUCCCAACAAGAUGGCGACCAGCUGGCCUGACUAUUACAUUGACCGCAUCAACUCCAUGGCUGCGAUGCAGAACCUGUGUGAAUUUGAUGAGGAGGAGACAAACAUGAGGAGUCAAGUUGUGGAAGACCUGAAGACAGCCCUCCGGACACAGCCCAUGAGGUUCGUAACCCGCUUCAUCGAGCUGGAAGGCCUGGCCUGUCUGCUGAAUUUCCUCCGGAGCAUGGACCACGCCACCUGUGAGAGCCGCAUCCACACCUCUCUGAUUGGCUGCAUCAAGGCUCUGAUGAACAACUCCCAGGGACGGGCACAUGUCCUGGCCCAGCCCGAGGCCAUCAGUACCAUCGCACAGAGCCUGCGCACGGAGAACAGCAAGACCAAGGUGGCAGUGCUGGAGAUCCUGGGUGCAGUGUGCCUUGUCCCGGGAGGCCACAAGAAGGUUCUCCAGGCCAUGCUGCACUACCAGAUGUAUGCCGCCGAGCGCACUCGUUUCCAGACCCUGCUGAAUGAGCUGGACCGAAGUUUGGGCCGGUACAGGGAUGAGGUGAAUCUGAAGACAGCCAUCAUGUCCUUCAUCAACGCGGUGCUCAAUGCUGGGGCUGGAGAGGAUAAUCUGGAAUUCCGUCUACAUCUCCGGUAUGAGUUUCUGAUGCUGGGAAUCCAGCCAGUGAUUGAUAAACUCCGACAACAUGAGAAUGCCAUCCUGGACAAGCAUUUAGACUUCUUUGAGAUGGUCCGGAAUGAGGACGACCUGGAGCUAGCCCGGAGGUUUGACAUGGUCCACAUCGACACAAAGAGUGCCUCCCAGAUGUUCGAGCUGAUCCACAGGAAGCUGAAGCACACGGAAGCGUACCCCUGCCUGCUGUCUGUGCUGCACCACUGCCUGCAGAUGCCCUACAAGCGGAAUGGUGGCUACUUCCAGCAGUGGCAGCUCCUGGACCGCAUCCUUCAGCAGAUCGUCCUCCAGGAUGAGCGGGGUGUGGACCCUGACCUGGCCCCACUGGAAAACUUCAACGUUAAGAACAUCGUCAACAUGCUCAUCAAUGAGAAUGAAGUGAAGCAGUGGCGGGACCAAGCAGAGAAGUUCCGGAAAGAACACAUGGAGCUCUUGAGCAGGCUAGAGAGAAAGGAGCGGGAAUGCGAGACAAAGACGCUGGAGAAGGAAGAGAUGAUGAAGACACUGAACAAGAUGAAGGACAAACUGGCCCGAGAGUCCCAGGAGCUGCGCCAAGCUAGGGGACAAGUGGCAGAGCUGGUAGCACAACUCAAUGAAAUCUCAACCGGCCCAGUGUCUUCCCCGCCUCCCCCUGGAGGACCAUUCACCUUGUCCUCCACAACAACCAAUGAUCUGCCUCCACCCCCACCUCCUCUCCCCUUUGCCUGCUGCCCACCCCCACCCGCACCUCCUCUCCCUCCUGGGGGGCCUCCCACUCCCCCAGGUGCCCCACCCUGCUUCAGCGCAAACCUGCCCCUGCCUCAGGACCCCUUCUCCAGCAACAAUGCCCCACUCAGGAAAAAGCGCAUCCCCCAGCCUUCACACCCGCUGAAGUCCUUCAACUGGGUCAAGCUGAAUGAGGAGCGUGUCUCUGGUACCGUGUGGAAUGAGAUUGAUGACAUGCAGGUAUUUCGGAUUCUGGACCUGGAAGAAUUUGAAAAAAUGUUCUCAGCAUAUCAGAGGCACCAGGGUGGCAUGCAGGAGGGUCCCCAGAGAGAGAGAGGAAAUGUGAGAGAUGGAGGGACUGCGAGCAGAUCUCUGCCAGCCAAGAAGGCGAAUGUCCACAGAACUGAAAUGGCUUCUAGGUCUAUGCUAUCACCUACCAGUGCCAAGAAAGAACUGGGCUCCACGGAAGACCUAUACCUAGCCUCCCGCAAGGUUAAAGAACUGUCAGUCAUUGAUGGCCGGAGAGCACAGAACUGUAUCAUUCUUCUCUCCAAGUUGAAGCUUUCUAAUGAGGAGAUCAGACAAGCCAUCUUGAGGAUGGAUGAACAAGAAGACCUCGCUAAGGACAUGCUGGAGCAGCUCCUCAAGUUCAUCCCCGAGAAGAGUGACAUUGACCUCCUGGAGGAACACAAACAUGAGAUUGAGCGGAUGGCGCGUGCAGACCGAUUCCUCUAUGAAAUGAGCAGGAUCGACCACUACCAGCAGCGGCUGCAAGCCCUCUUCUUCAAGAAGAAGUUCCAGGAACGGCUGGCUGAGGCCAAACCCAAAGUAGAAGCCAUCCUGCUGGCCUCCCGGGAGCUGACGGUCAGCAAGCGCCUGAAGCAAAUGCUGGAGGUGGUCCUAGCCAUCGGUAACUUUAUGAACAAGGGGCAGCGUGGGGGCGCCUACGGGUUCCGGGUAGCGAGCCUCAACAAGAUUGCUGACACCAAGUCCAGCAUUGACAGGAACAUCUCUUUGCUUCAUUACCUGAUCAUGAUCCUGGAGAAGCACUUCCCAGACAUCAUGAACAUGCCCUCGGAGCUGCAGCACCUAUCAGAGGCUGCCAAAGUCAACCUGGCAGAGCUGGAGAAGGAGGUGGGCGCUCUCAGGAGGGGUCUCCGAGCAGUGGAGGUGGAGUUGGACUAUCAGAGAUGCCAGGCUCGGGACCCCAAUGACAAGUUUGUCCCUGUCAUGAGUGACUUCAUCACGGUGUCUAGCUUCAGCUUCUCAGAGCUGGAGGACCAGCUCGGUGAGGCCAGGGAUAAGUUCGCCAAGGCACUGACACACUUUGGGGAGCAGGAGAGUAAUAUGCAGCCGGAUGAGUUCUUCGGCAUCUUCGACACCUUCUUGCAGGCCUUUUUGGAGGCCCGGCAGGAACUGGAGGCCAUGAGGAGGAGGAAGGAGGACGAUGAGAGGAGGGCUCGCAUGGAAUCCAUGCUGAAGGAGCAGCGUGAAAAAGAAAGAUGGCAGAGGCAGCGGAAGAUCCUGGUAGGCGGCACCCUGGAGGAGAGUGGCGAGUUUGAUGACCUGGUGUCGGCCUUGCGCUCUGGAGAAGUUUUUGACAAGGACUUGAACAAGUUCAAACGCAACCGCAAGCGACCAGGGAGCCAGGCCCCAGAGGUCACCCGCGAGCGGGCGAUAAACAGGCUAAAUUAUUGACUUGAGGACUGGGUAAUGCCCACAUAGCAGCAAGCCUGGAGACAGGGAUUAGGGGAGAGGAGUGGAGUAGAAGAAGCAAUGACUUAGGUGAUUUGGAGAGCUGGAUUUGGGAGCCCUGGGCUGGGUCCUGGGGGUUCUGUGCGGCUAGACCAGGUGUCUCCCUGCACUGACACGGGCUUCUCUCAUUUUCUCCCCUUUACAUUAUUCAGUCUCAUCCAUCUUUUCCCCAUCUCUCUUUGUACACCCACCCCUCUCCUGGGCAUCAUUCUCUUAAGACUAGCUUGGGCAUCCCUGGCAGGCCCUGGGCUUUGGUCAGAAAAUCGUAGGUUGGAGGACACUGCUCUCCACACCUCACGUUGGCACAGAGCUGUUUGAGACCCAGGAGACUGCAUUCCUUGUCCCCACCUCUUGUAUAGUAUGUGGUGGUUGAGUGGAACCCGAGAGCCAGCCUACAGGACUCCAGGCUCCUGUAUGAAGAGAUAGCCCCGUGGAAUGUGGUUCUGGGAUGGAAACUAGAGGCCUUAUGAGUUCUAGCUAUAUAAGCUCUAGCAUGUUCUAGAAAACAUGCAGAACAAGACUAGCACCCAUUUUGUGAGUUAUCUGUACCUUUUUUCUACAGCAGGUCCUGGGGCGUUUCUUCUUCCCUAGCCACCUCCAUCCCAUCUACUUAAUCUUCAGUCCUCAAACUCAUCUCUGGUUUCCAGAACUCUGGCUCAUCACCAGCUUAGAGUGUGGCUCUGGUAAGGGGAGGGGGGGGCAAGAAAGACCUCCAUCACCACCUCACCAGACUCAGGUGAGGGUUGAAGCAAAUCCCAAGGCAAUCUGUCCCUUGUCCUGGAGAGACAGUGACCUCAGAUCAGUAGUUCCUCACCAGAGGACAGCACUCAAAUGCUUCAUCCUCCCAGCUGUGCCCCAUCUAUCAUCUCCCUCAGCUGGCCCCUGCUAUGCCACCGUGGCCUCUGUCUCCACCUGCAGGUCCCCUGGAGCUCCGCAUACUUGGCUGUAGCUGGCCUUGGGGAACUAUGUGGGCUAGAAUGACCCUCCAUGUUUAACUGCCACUCCGAGGGAAACUCGUGGACAGGGAACUGGGAAGGGCAGGCAGGAGAUGGCGGGGAGAUGAGGGCAGAGGAGGGAGUGCUUGGGUAGGAUGCUUACUUCAGGGUGUGCCCCUACAUCGGUGCUGUUUGGCUGCUCAGCCUGACUUGCAUGGGACCAUUCUGGCCUCCCUGACAGCACUCAAUCUUCCGCCCUGUCCACCUUCAAGUGUUUCUAUGGCAUCUGGAGGGGAGCACUGUUACAUCUAGGUAAAUACUCCAAAUGGAGUAGGGUGAGAUCAACUCCAUGAAGGUUUAUUGCCUAAUGUACCCCCAUCCCCUCUUGCCUAGAGACCAGUCUUGCCCAAUUUCCAUCCAUCAGGUCCCUGCUCUUCUUAUCUAACCUGCUGGCUCAGGGUCACUGCUAGUGGAUAAGGGCUGCCCAGUCCUCUAACUGCCUGUCUAUCUACAGGAGAUUCCUGGGAGGGGAGGACCAUAGUAGUUGUGGGGAGAAGAAACACAGGGUUAAGCUGGGUAUGUGCAUUGGUUUGAAAGGGAUCUUAGCAAGUGGAAGCCUGACCGGUACGGUGUGGAAAAGCCAGCCAGAGAGGGUAAAGGGCUUCUAAGAAGAGCAGCUAUGGAGGAGAGCUUUAACAGUCGCUUGCACACCAAGACCUCCCCAUCUCUCGCACCCCCAUAAAGAAGCAAGCUAUCAAAGAAAGGAGAGGCUGGUGCUGGACAUCUUCGCAUCCUCUCCCAAACUGGAUGGGCUGUGUGCCUGCCACUCAAGAGGCAGGAGACAGGGAUGGGCUACACAGCUGUCCAACAGACAUGGCUAGGUCCUGGCCUUACCAACUAUCACGGAGACCAGACGUGCACCAGGAAAGACAAGGAAGAUGGAAUUUGUUGAAGGAACACAUUGGAUCUUCAGAAAAGCCAUCUGGCAUCUCUCCAGAGCCCAGCCUUCUCUAUUUAUUAUUUUCUAAAUCUGGCCAGCGGCUCUGGUGCUGUGUGUCUCUGUAACCAGAGUUCAACAGUGCCUUGGACCAUGGACCAUUGUGGGUGACUGAGCAGGAAAUGACUGGUGCCCAGUGGAGGUGGAUAGGCUGGUCCUCAAUGAUAAAUGAAGUCUACCCCAGUACCACUCACCCCUCCUGCUGCCUGUGGGUCAACCGCUCCAGUUAAUUUUGUGCACAAUAGAAAACUCAUAGUCCAGCCAAGAUAGCAGCUGCAACUCCCCUUCCAAAAUGGAAGUUCAUCCAGGGGGCAGAAGGACAAAACUCUCCAGAUGGGUGAAUGUAGGCAUGGGCUCUUCCCACCCACUUCCAUUGCCACCGGCUAGAGAGCUGUGACCACCUCCCCAGGGCAUCUGCCGACCUUCAUGCCAAGGCUGCUCUCAACAGCUGCUGCAAAAGACAGACAAGGUUCCUAUGUACAAAACUCUACAGUGCCCUUUUUACCUGCACCCUUUUAUAAGAAUAUAUUGUAAUACUAAAAAGUAUUAAAUUCACCCCCUCCCCGA